AUGCAGCAAAAGUCAAAAGGAGGGUAUCGUUUAAAACACCUCCGACCCGGCCAACAACGCCGUCUACGUCUAACAAUAUCUUCUCUUGGAGAAAAUGGUGGUUAUUUACCUUUACAUUUGGAAGAUGUUUAUUCAGCUUCUGUUGGUUCUAUGAUUUUAAAUGAAGAAAAAAAGGAAGAAAAUAAUUCAAAAAAAUUAUUGGAUAGUUACCAAGAAAAUGAUUUAAUUAAAAUUGGAAAUCUUUGGAAUAAUUUACUUUUAAAAAGAGAAGAAUAUUUACAAAAAGAAUUAAAAUCUUUAAAUAAUUUUGAAGAAAAAGAAAGAGAAAAUUCUUUAUUUUUAUCUUGGAUAGAAUUAAUUGAAGAAAGAAAUGCUUUGUUUUUACCUACAAAAGAAGGAAUUCCUGGUGCUUUAAUUGAUUUAAUUAAUUUGGAAGGGUUUGAAAAAUAUUGUCCAAUUAUUUUUUUGGAUAGAAAAGAAGAUGAAAUUAAUUUAAAUGAGGAUUAUGAAGACGAAGAUAUGUCUAUUAUUGGAGAAGAUUGUUUCCUUUUGGGUGAAAAUACAGAAGAAGAAGAUGAUGACAAUUUGGAAUUGGCUAUUACAGAAAAGGAUAUAAAUCAAACUCGCCUUUCUGUAAUAUGUCCGUGGGAUAGCUCUUUACAUGAAUGUCAAGCAAUGAAUCGAGAAUCAAAAAUUGGGGAAUAUAUUUAUGUUAUUGUUAAGGUUUAUAUUAAAAUAUCCCAACCAAUCAAUGCUUGUUUAGUUUUGAGAAAACGUUUAUGUCUUCAAUUUAUUCCUUUUGAACAACGUUCUCAAAAUUUAUCAACAACAACUCGUUGGCAUUCUCUUUUCUUUUCUUCUUGGCCCUUAAGUAAAAAUGGUUCGAAAUUUUAUAUAAUUCUUUCCAAAAACACUUUAACCUUUUCCAAUAAAACGUCUUUUUCUAACUUCCUUUUCUGA